AAACAUGACAAGGAGGGAAAAUAUUAAUAUUUAUUUAGAAAUAAAUAAUAAAUAGGAAACAAUCAAAAAAUUAACCAAUAACAUAAAUAAUUGAAUGAUGAUAUUUAAUUAUUUAAUAUUGUAACCCAACAGAUUACUGUCUUAGUGUCUGUGUGUGUCUGUUAGUGUGUGUGUGUCUGUUAGUGUGUGUCCCGGAGGGGCGGGGCUUCUCUGCGGGGUAGCGAGUGAAGAAGACGCGGAGCUCUCGCGCCUCAAAGCUUCUCAGGUGUCUCGCGCAGACGACAUCAAAGGAACGUUUGAUCUAAUUUACAUCAGACAAAACAACACGAAGUCGAUACUUUGUUGUUGUUGUUGACGUCGUGUUGCCGCUGCUCACCUGGAGGACACCUGAACAUCGACGUUUUCUCCGGAUGAUUCUUCCGGCGGACGCGCGCGGCCGCGGCGAGCAGCGGGAGGUCCAGUGAUGCUGCCCGCGCGCCUCCACCCGGCGGCAGAGCCUCCACAGCCCGGCAGCCAGCGGCGCCGGCUCCACCCCAACACGCCGGAGGAGGACGACGAGACCAUGAGCACGGAGGAGCGGGCGGCGGGCGGCGCCCACGAGCCGGGCCACGCCCCCUUCUGCUCGGACCCGUCGUACUCGUACCCGCCGGGCGGCGCCGGCUCCUGCUGGUACCAGCCGCCGGGCCGCCUGCCCGCCGGGUACAGCCAUCCCACGCCGUUCCCCAGCCGGGCCGACGGCGCCUGGCAGCACCCGAGCUUCGCCAGCGGCGGCUCGGCGUUCCCCGGCAGCCGGGAGGACGGCGGCGCGUCGGGGGUCCGGUUCGGGUCGCCGCCGGGCCGCCGCAGCCCGAGUCUGAGCAGCCUGGAGCCGCCGCUGUCGCUCUGCUCCGACCCGCCGUCGGGGAACAUGUACCACCACACGCUGCCGCCAUACUCCUGCUCGCCACAGGGGGCGCCAUGCUGCGCCUGCUGUCCUCCAGACGGCUUCAACGGGGGGCCGGCGGGGGCGUGGCCUCAGUACCACCCGGCCUACGGUGUCUUCAGACUUCCGGCCUCUGGAGUUUCUCACCGCUGCGUCGCUCCGGCCAAAGAGAAGCCGCCUCACAGCGCGCCGCUGUCGCUGGAGCAGAGAAGAGUUUUCGUGACGUACGAAGCCGACGACGACAAACACGUCAACGAGAUCAUCAACUUCGUGGCUCUGCUGCGACACAACGGCUUCGACACGCACAUCGAUAUCUUCGAGCAGCAGUUCAGGAGCAUCAGCAAGAUCGACUUCAUGGAGCGCUACCUGAGCGAGAAAGAGUACCUGAUCAUCAUCAUCAUCAGUCCCAAGUACUACGAGACCGUGACGGCGUCCCCCGUCGGGCUGGAGAACGACGAGCGCACCUUCAACACCGUCUACAUCCACAAACAGCUCCAGAAUGAGUUCAUCCAGAACGGGAGCAAGAACUUCCGCUUCAUCCCGGUCGUGUUUCCUCGAGCCAAGAAGUGUCACGUCCCGAACUGGCUGCAGAACACACACGUGUACGAGUGGCCGCUCCACCGCGACGACAUCCUGCGGCGGCUGAUGAGGGUCGAGAAGUACGUCUCUCCUCCCAUCGGGGCGCUGCCCACCAUCGUGUCCAUCCCCAUAUAGAGGGACCAGAGACCCCCAGAGACCACCGUGUCCAUCCCCAUAGAGGGACCAGAGACCCCCAGAGACCACCGUGUCCAUCCCCAUAUAGAGGGACCAGAGACCCCCAGAGACCACCGUGUCCAUCCCCAUAUAGAGGGACCAGAGACCCCCAGAGAGACCCCCAGAGACCACCGUGUCCAUCCCCAUAGAGGGACCAGAGACCCCCGUGUCCAUCCCCAUAUAGAGGGACCAGAGACCCCCACCGUGUCCAUCCCCAUAGA